AUGGACCACGGAGGCAUGGAUCACGGAGGCAUGGGAGGCGGGAAUGGUUGCCAGAUUUCGAUGCUCUGGAACUGGAACACCGUCGGCUCGUGUUUCCUAGCCUCGUCCUGGAAAAUCACCUCAACAUCUGUAUUCGCCGGCUCCUGUAUUGGGGUCAUCCUUCUGGUCAUCUCACUCGAAAUGCUACGCCGUGCCGUCAAGGAAUACGAUCGGUUCCUGGCCAAGAAACAUCUCAAUUCCCAGAUCACGCCCAUGGCAACAUUGACUGCGUCCAAGAACGUGGCUGACGAGGCCAGCCCAACCCCUGCCUGUUUCGUCUCGGUCCCAGGCGGGUAUGGAUAUCGACCCACGAUAGCAGAGCAGGCUGUCCGGGCAUUGCUGCAUAUGCUGCAGUUUGCGGUUGCCUACUUUGUGAUGCUACUUGCCAUGUACUACAACGGAUACAUCAUCAUUUGCAUCUUCAUCGGUGCUUACAUCGGGAGCUUCAUAUUCCACUGGGAGCCGAUUGGAGGGGGAGUACAGACAAGCGCCGCCAAGGAGGCCACCGUGUGCUGCGGAUAA